UGUAUCCUCCAGUUGGUUUCUUCGUUUAAAUCGGUUCACGAACGAUCGGUACACCGUCGACAUGGAUCUACGAAGAAUGUCCAAUUGGAACGUCCUGAGCGUGGAGGCAGCACUCCAGCAGCUGAACAACCUCGACGAGGAUAAGAAGGAGAUCUUGAAACGUCCCAACACGACGAUAGAGAAACUGCCAGAUAAGGUGUUACUGAACGUCUUCAGCUACCUGUCCCACCGUGAGAUAUGCAGGGUGGCACGUGUGUGCAAGAGAUGGCGGCAAAUCGCGUACGACACGCGAUUGUGGAAGCACGUAUCCCUUAGACCGGAAAUCAGCGGGUUGCACGUGAACUCUUUGGACAAUCUGCUGCACUUGAUCAGUACUCGUUUCGGCGCAUCGUUGAGGUACAUAGAGCUGCCUAUAGAGUUGAUCACUCACACGGUCCUCCACGAACUGGCGAACAAAUGCCCAAAUUUGACACACAUGCUACUCGACUUCUCCACUGCCAUGCAACUGCACGAUUUCUCGGAGAUGCAGGCAUUCCCGACCAAAUUGAAGUACAUGUGCAUCUGUCUGUCGGAAGUAAUCUUCAUGGAAGGUUUCAUGAGGAAGAUUUACAAUUUUAUCAACGGUCUGGAGAUUCUUCACCUUAUAGGAACGUACGAGAAGGUGGAGGAAGAGGAGGAAGAGAUCUACGAAGUGAUAAACGUGCACAAAUUGAAAUCGGCGACUCCUAAUUUAAGAGUGAUCAAUUUAUACGGGAUCAAUUUCGUGGACGAUUCUCACAUCGACGCGUUCUCCUCGAAUUGCAUCCAGCUGGAGUGUUUAGCCGUGAAUUUCUGCGCCAAGGUCACUGGCUCGACCAUGAAGACGCUGUUUCAGCGAAGCAGAAGAUUGAAGUGUCUGCUUAUGCAAGGAACAAAUCUUCAGAGUGAAUACGUGAUGCAAGUGGAAUGGGAGAAAUCGAGUAUCCAAGAGUUGGACGUGACUGGAACGGAUUUGUCGACGGAAUGUCUAAUCGACAUGUUGAGCAGAAUUCCAGGGCUGCGUUUCCUGAGCGCGGGCCAGUUAAACGGCUUCAACGACAGCGUGUUAAAAGCCUGGGCAGAGAUGGGCAAUCCGCGAAAUCUGAUCGCGUUAGACUUGGAUAGUUCGGAUAAUCUGACAGACGACGGACUGCAUAAAUUUUUGUCGCGAUACGGUCAUCAGCUUUGGGGCCUCGCCUUGUCCGGCAUGCCACACAUCACCGACCAACUGUGGCAGAGUGUGUUGCCUAUAUUGACCAAUGCGAAAAUUCUAGUUAUGGGAACACAAGAGAGACUAGGCGUGAACAUCCACGUGGACCAGUUAAUGGAUGGAAUAGCGAACAAUUGUCCAAAUUUAGAGCGGUUAGAGCUGCGUUGGGACCCGGAGAACCUUCGAUUCUCCGACAAAAGUCAGAAAGCCAUAGACAUACUUCGUGUGAAGUGCAUUAAAUUACGGUGUUUAAGUUUGAGCGAUGGAAGGUACUACGAGAUAGUUAAGGCGAAUUUCGAGCGUGCCGACAGGUUGACGGUUGUUCGAACAACGACAUGCUGCCGAGUGUCCAACUACUAUCUUCUAGCCAAUUAUAAGGAUUUAAUUUUCAAUUAACCGUUCCGAUAUAUAAUUGUACAUAAGCUGCGGUGGAUUCAUAGACAAGAUUUUUUCCAUAGGAUCGACGAGGUACUCGAGAAGAAUACAUAUAUAAAGAAGAUUGUCAAUCGUGACGAACUACAAUCGAAUAAUAAAACUACCUGCGACUAUUCAAGUAUUUAUCCCUAGUAUUACGAGAAGAAACUAUGCGCAAAAUACCAGAUACAUAUUUUUUUACGCAAUUUUGAAACGUGUAGCGUGAAUUACAUAUGGACUAUUUCCGGUCUUCGGUUGUUUCGUAUUAUUGUACUCGAACCAAG